GCGGGCGAGAAUUCUCGGGAGGACGGCGAGCAGAGCGCUGCGCUGGGCGACGUCAUGGACUCGACAUUUGCCGGUCGAAUGAUUCUCGAAGUCGUUAAUUAUCGUUCUUGGUAGCAGGUCCUGCAGGCGUGGAGGCUCCAGGUCUUUAUAUGGACGUGUAGGCGAGCGGGGCGGGCUUGGAGAUUUUUGCGGAAGGUGGGGUGCAGGCUUGCCAGGCUUCCGCGCUUACAGGGACCGCGUCAUCGACGCAGUGCGAAUUUUCGACGAGGAAUGCGCUGUAGUUGCAUGGUGUGAGGUGCAGGGAUCGGUGGAAGCGAAGUGUUUGGUCGAGCUUGUUCUGCACAGAUAGAUUGAGGGCAGUAUCUGGGACGGAGUGUCGAGCCUGUGGGCAAUUUGGACGCUGCUUCUUGAGCGAUUGAUUCUGGUUCAGAUGGCAUAGCGAAUUUGUUAUGUCAACAAUUCCUCCCGUCGCACAGGAACAGCAGUUUCAGUUCGGGGAGGUCCAUCCCGUUCAAGAUGACGGCGAACUCUGCCGCAUCUGCCUUCGGGCCUGUUGCUUCGGCAGGCUCGGCGCAGACGGGCCCGAAAUUCUCAUGGGUUCUUGUGAAGAAAAUGUGGCGCGUGGGCAUUAUGUAUUUCAAGGGCGAUAAGAGGAAGAAAGCUUGUACCUUGCUGGCCGUCGUCCUUACUCUCUGCGCCAUCUGUGCUGGAAUGUUCGUAAUAUUCUCUUAUAUCCAGAGGGAUUUCUCCACGGCCAUCUCGGAGAAGAACGUGGAAGGAUUUCAUCGAGCCGUCAUGAGGUUCAUCGGCAUCGUCAUCAUUGCAACCCCUUUGUUCGCUACUUAUCAUUAUUUGCAGGAUCUCUUAGCUCUCGAGUGGCGUAUUUGGUUAUCGGAUCUGCUUCUGUCCAACUACUUCUCCAACAGGGCAUAUUUUGAUUUGAAGAUGGAGGGCAAGCUUGACAAUCCUGAUCAACGUAUCUGUGAGGAUGCGGCCAGUUUUGUGAGAAACAGUGUCGAGAUUAUUGCCCUGAUUGGCAGUAAAUUCUUGAACAUAUGUGCAUUUACGGGUGUUCUCUGGUCCAUAGCUCCAGAGUUGGUUUACUUUCUUCUUGGAUACUCUGUAAUUGGAACGUAUGUGACAGUUCGCCUGUUCGGCAAGAAACUCAUGCAGCUGCAAUUUCAGGGCCUACAAAGGGAAGCUGAUUUCAGAUACUCUUUGGUUCGGAUUCGUGACAACGCAGAGUCCAUUGCGUUUUAUUCAGGAGAAACACAUGAAGCAAAAACCAUAAAGGGUUUCUUCUCAGCCCUGAUAGCAAAUUCGCGAGACCUUAUUUUAUGGCGUCGUCAUUUGGGCCUCUUCAGUAAUGCCUACGAGUUUUCAAUGCUAGUUGUGCCUUCUAUCAUAAUUGCCCCGCGGUACUUUGCUGGAGAGGUAGAGUUUGGUGUUAUCGCUCAAACGGGGUUCGCCUUCAACCGCAUCCUCCAGGCUUUAUCUCUGAUCGUCAUGAGAUUUGACAAUUUUAGUGGACUUGCAGCUCAAACAGAGCGUCUGGAUAGUCUGAUAACUAGCCUUGGGAAGCACACUGGUGACAAGCAGCUACUACAGCAGACUUCUCGGAAAAGCUCACCUUCUCAGCUGAAGGACAUGGAGGAAGAACAAGCCAGCGAGGGUGACUUCCUUCUCGACGUUCCGGAGAACGGUUACAGUUCUGGAAAAUUUUUACGUGAUGAGGGCCCUGGACUUUUAAUGAAGGACCUCUCAGUAACCACCCCUAACAUGAAGAACAUGAUAAUCAAAGAUCUCAACGUUUCGUUGGCUCCGGGCGAAACUCUGCUAGUCAUGGGACCUUCAGGUUGUGGCAAGUCUUCUCUUCUCCGCGCCAUUGCAGGUCUGUGGAACAGAGGAAGCGGUCUGUUGCAAGCGCCGCCCCUGUCUGAAAGCCUUUUCCUCCCCCAGAAGCCCUAUUUGCCACUGGGACCCCUUCGUGAGCAGCUGCUCUUUCCUGGUAAGAAAGGGUCUCACCACACGGAGAUAGACCUUUUCAAUGUAUUGCAGUCGGUUGCUCUCAGUGAUCUGCCCGGGAAGGUAGGAGGCUUGGAUACAGUAUGCGAUUGGGGAGGUAUCCUGAGUGCAGGAGAGCAACAAAGGCUGGCCUUUGGCAGGCUCUUCUUGCAUCAGCCUGAAAAAGCUUAUUUGGAUGAAGCUACGAGCGCUUUGGAUGCAGUGAACGAAGCCAGGUUAUAUUCCCUUUUACAGGAGACGGUUCCCAUGUACGUUUCAGUUGGACACAGGCUUUCUUUGGUUAAAUAUCACACGCAUGUUCUGGAGUUCAUCGAGGAUGUGGGAUGGAGGUUUUACAAUCGAAAGGAGUUUGAAAACUCACGUUAUCCUACCUCUUAGAGAAACUAGUUAGAGAGUUUACUUUCUUUCAUCAACAACCAUUCAUUGGAUCAGCAAAAUUGAGGCCAGAUUCUUUAAUGGCAGUCUCGAGCUACAAUUAGACAACACCACCUGUAGGUAGAGAAUCUUCUGUCCAGAGGCUUGUGAAUUUGCCGGAUGAAAUAUCCAGUGUCAAGAUGGUUCAGUAGACGUUACGCCAUGGCCGAAUGAGAUUGUCAGCUUAGUAAAGUUCUCUUCCUUUCCUAUCUUGCACUUCACAAUCCGAGGUAUUAUUACACCUCUCCGAAACCGUUUUUUAAUGCGC